GCUCUUCCUUAGUUACGCUUCAAUAAUGGAGUACAUCGGCAGUUCUUACGAAGGAGAAACAGUGAAUGGACGGUUGGAAGGAAAUGGGAAGUAUACAUUCGCCAUUGGAACUGUUUACAGAGGUGAACUUAAAGAUGGUAUGUUUCAUGGGAAUGGAACUUUAUAUUUUCCAUCUGGCAGUAAAUACUGCGCUGAAUGGGAAGAAGGUCGGGCUACGCGAGGUAAAUAUACUUUUGCUGAUGGUCUUACCUUCGAUUUCGACAAUUGGGAUUAUUGUGACGAAUUCGACCGUCGUUUCUAUACCGAGAUUUGUCGUGGCCUUAAACCAGCUGGACGUUCUCAGCUGACCGAUGUAGUACCUCCUCGAGACAUUCCCAAAGGAUAUUACGAUUGUGGAGAUGGAUUUUAUGAUCCGGCUACACGAGUUGUGUUUUCAUACAACAAAGAAUUUUUGAGAAAUGCAGAUACCGAUGAACACGAUUGGAUCGUACGGACUUGUCGUAAAGGCUGGGAUGAAUUCAUUGGUUGGAAAUCUGUUGUGGGACCUGACGAAACAGAAUAAACUUUAAGAAAGGUCUA